UGAAUGGUACCUCUGUCUCUUACUUGCAGCCCUAUAAAAACGUUUCCUCCAUUCAAGCUUUCAUUCAUUUCAUAAUAUAAAUUAGCCACAUUCUGUUUUUCCCAAAACAGAGAGAAAAUUGGCGAAUUCUAGAGAUAACUUCGCCAUGGCUGCUGCUCUGAGAUUAUCGUGUUUGUGUUUUCUUCAAUUGCUAAUUGUGAUCGUACUAUUCAUCAAUUCUUCUGCCGAUAACAGUAUUGAAGAAGCAGAGCAAUUUCAGAGCUUAAGUAACUCGACUAUGGCGAACAGGUUAAGUGGAAACGAUGAACUCAGGCAUGAACAUGCUGUAGAUGAUCCAGAAGCCAUUGCUUCCAUGGUGGAUAUGAGCAUUAGGAAUAGCACAGAGAGGAGAAAACUGGGUUACUUCUCAUGUACGACGGGAAAUCCUAUUGAUGAUUGUUGGCGAUGCGAUCGCAAUUGGCAACGUAAUCGCAGACGCUUAGCUGACUGUUCAAUUGGAUUUGGACGUAAUGCCAUUGGUGGCCGAGAUGGCAGGUUUUAUGUUGUAACUGACUCAGGUGAUGAUGACCCAGUAAAUCCCCGACCUGGAACACUUCGUCAUGCUGUAAUUCAAGAUGAACCAUUGUGGAUAGUGUUUAAACGUGAUAUGCACAUCACACUUAAGCAAGAACUGAUCAUGAAUAGUUUCAAGACAAUCGAUGCUCGUGGUGUGAACGUGCAUAUCGCGAAUGGGGCUUGUAUUACUAUCCAAUUUGUUACUAAUAUUAUCAUUCAUGGUCUCCAUAUUCAUGAUUGUAAACCAACUGGUAAUGCCAUGGUUAGAAGCUCACCAUCACAUUAUGGUUGGAGGACUAUGGCUGAUGGUGAUGCCAUUUCCAUUUUUGGUUCGAGCCAUAUUUGGGUUGAUCACAACUCUCUUUCUAAUUGUGCUGAUGGUCUCAUUGAUGCUAUUAUGGGUUCAACUGCAAUUACCAUUUCAAACAAUUACUUCACCCAUCACAAUGAGGUGAUUUUAUUGGGGCACAGUGAUUCCUAUGUAAGAGAUAAGGUUAUGCAGGUGACUAUUGCCUUCAACCAUUUUGGUGAGGGCCUAAUCCAGAGAAUGCCAAGAUGUAGGCAUGGUUAUUUCCAUGUGGUGAACAAUGACUACACGCACUGGGAGAUGUAUGCCAUUGGUGGCAGUGCUGCUCCUACAAUUAACAGCCAGGGUAACAGAUACCUUGCCCCAGUGAACCCUUUUGCUAAAGAGGUGACAAAAAGAGUGGAACCAUGGGAAGGAUCAUGGAAACAGUGGAACUGGAGAUCAGUGGGAGACCUUUUGUUGAAUGGAGCAUACUUUACUGCAUCGGGACGUGCUGCUCCAGGCAGCUAUGCAAGAGCCUCAAGCUUAGCUGCUAAGUCCUCUUCCAUGGUCGGAAUGAUUACCUCAAAUGCUGGUGCACUUUCUUGACACUAAUGUUGAUGUCAAGCACAUCAACACAUACAAACCAUGCACACCAUCAGAUCAUCUUUACCUGUCCAUUGAAUUCAGCAAUAUAGCCAAUUUUCUCUGAUUAUCUUUCUCUCUUAGUUUGUGUCCGUCCCUAAUCACCUCUUGAGCAGGGGCGGACACAUAAUAUUAAGGAUGGGUUCAAUUUAACCCACCAUAUUCAGCUUAAAACUUUUAAUAUAUAUGUGAGAAAUCCUAAAAUGUUGUAUAAUAUUAAAUUCUGAACUCAUAUUUCAAAGAGCGCACAUUCUUGAAUCUGCCUUAGCUCUUGAACAUAAGGUUCUUCAAACACUA